UUUUCGGUCCAGGGCUGACUUGGCCUUGACGGGUCACGUCGGUCAGGGUCAUUUUCCCUGGUCAUGACCAUCAGGGCCAGCUUCAAUGCCAGGUCAUCAGGUACAUUCUUCCAUUGGUGUAUACGCUUGGAUUGUGAUGGAGUUCCCCCCACUCAGGAAAUCAAAUUAACCUGGGAUCCUCGUGCAUGUUCCAGACUGACCGAUCUGGGCUCCACUUGUUUGCUCCUCCACCAACGAGACGGGCAUCGGUUUCUGAACGUUUCUUGCUUUCUUUCUUCUUUCUUUCUUCUGUUUUCUGUUUUGUCUUUCUUCCGGCUCUGUGGACCUGUUCUGUUCUUUUCCUGUUCCUGACUCUGCCAUACUCUCUUCGGAACUCUUGCCUCCCUCCUAGAGUCCUCCAUCCAUGCAGACAUCAUCUCCCCCGUGAUGGACCGGACAAUAUCGCCCCGGAGUGACAGUGGUCCAUCCUCCACAGACCAGUUUCUCAAACUUAUCCAGGAUCCCUUCAAAUCCGCGGUACUUUCAUCCCAUUACCAUAGUCGAUACUCCAUAAUCAUUCGUCUAACUCUUCUAGUUUCAAGUCAACGCCGUCUGGG